AUGACGGUUGAAGAAGCCAAUAAAACGGCCUCCAAUGCCGAGGGCCUUGACUCUAAGGUUGCCCCAAGAGUCUCAUCUGCAGAUUCUUCGUCUUCAUCGACGUAUGACGGUCCUCGAGCCAAGCAGACCGACGGUGCUUUCGAUACGACUGAGGACCCACGGUUCUACAAGCCCAUUCCUGAAUAUGAGGGUGCCCAUCGCUGGGACCCGGAGUUUGAGUGGACAGAGGCAGAAGAGACAGCUGUUGUGAGAAAGAUUGACUGGCGCAUUUGCACAUUUGCCUGUAUGACUUUCUUUGCACUCCAGCUAGACCGUGGAAAUGUCGUCCAGGCCACAUCAGACAAUAUGCUGGGCGAUCUUGGAAUGACCACAAAUGACUACAACACUGGCCAAACAAUCUUCUACCUAACAUUCCUCGUCGCUGAGCUGCCCUCCCAGCUCAUCUCGAAAUGGGUCGGCCCGGAUCGCUGGAUUCCCGUGCAAAUGAUAUGCUGGAGUCUCAUCGCCUCGUGCCAGGCAUUUAUCAAAAAUAAGAGCGGAUUCUUCGCGACCCGUGCUAUGCUCGGUCUUCUCGAGGGUGGCUUUAUUCCAGACACAAUUCUCUUCCUGUCAUUCUGGUACAAGUCUAAAGAGUUGCCUAUCAGGCUCAGCUUCUUCUGGAUGACAUACGAAGUAACCGCAAUUGUUAGCGCUUUCCUUGCUUUUGGCUUCCUCCACAUUCGCCAAUCUGAUGGUACCGGUGGCUGGCGAUACCUGUUUGCCCUGGAGGGUUUGAUUACCGGUUUGAUCGGUAUCGCCGCUGCAUUCUGGAUGCCUGCCUCGCCAACCCAGACCGCCGGCCGGUUCCGCGGCAAGGAUGGUUGGUUUACUGAACACGAAGAGAAAAUCAUGGUUAAUCGUGUGCUGCGCGAUGACCCUAGCAAGGGUUCCAUGCACAAUCGCCAGGCCGUUACUCCCAAGCUGCUCUGGCAGGCCCUCAAAGACUACGACAUGUGGCUUAUCUAUCUGCUUGGUCUGACUUGGAUGAUCCCCAACACACCUGCUACGUCAUACAUCAGUCUGGAAUUGAAGUCGCUCGGUUUCAGCACUUUCAACACGAACUUGCUCACUAUCCCGGCCUAUGUGAUCUUCAUCGUAAAUCUACUAUUGUGGACUUGGGUAUCAGAGCGGUUCAAUCAGCGACUUCUGCUUGGUGUUGGUGCUGAGCUUUGGGCUCUGAUCUUAUUGAUCGCGUUGGAGACUAUUUCUGAGGAUGCCAGUCCUUGGGUGCGUUGGGUCCUGCUAAUCAUGUUGAUUGGCAUGCCUUACGUGCACGCUAUUAUUGUUGCAAUUACAUCCCGCAAUGCAGGCUCUGUAAGGACGCGAACGGUUGCUACUGCUAUCUACAACAUGAUGGUGCAGGCCAGUAGCAUCAUUGGUGGCAACAUCUACCGCACCCAAGAUAAGCCGUAUUAUCACACGGGUAAUAAGGUUCUUAUUGCUCUUUCGGUGUGGAGUAUGGCGAUAUUCAUCAUUGCGAAGCUUUACUAUGUGAGGCGUAACAAACAAAAUGCCGCUAUCUGGGACAAAAUGUCUAGCGAAGAGCGAUCGCGAUACGUCGUUGAAAACAAAGAUCUUGGAAACAAGAGACUUGAUUUCCGAUUUUUGCACUAG